CAUUUCUAAACUUCAUUCAACUUCUCAACGUCAACAUCAGCACCAGCACCAGCACCAAUAUCAUAUAUAUUUCUAAAAGAUAAUCUCCCCUUUAUGCCAUCACCUCUAUCACGACUAUCAAGAACUUAUGAGCGUUCAUUCAAGAAAAAUCCAUCACUCACAUUGGCUAUAACUAAUGGGUGCUUAAAGUGUCUUGGAGACUUUUUGGCCCAACUUUUGCCUUCUUUGCUCGAUGGAACAUCUUUUACGAUUGAUAUUCAUCGUUCAAUGAGAUUUAUGUUAUUCGGAUUGCUUCAUGGACCAUGCAUAGGCAAAUGGCAUGAGUUCCUCGAGCAUCGCAUCCCACUCACCCUCACCACAGGUUCUCGAUCUCAGCCCUCUCAUAUGUCCCUCACUCAAUUGGAGACCGAGAAAUCGCCAUUAAGUGCCUCUCAAUCUAGUGCCCUUCACAGCAUACGCAAUCGAGCUCAAUCCUUGUCCGAAGAAACCAGCCAUGUCCGACAAUUCAUGGCAUCUGACCCAACCUUGGAUGCUGGAUCGAGAAUCAAGCCAAGUCGAAGUCGGAGAAUGUGGGGUGUGGCGAAGAGAUUAAUGCUCGAUCAACUAAUAAUGGCUCCUUUGUUUGUCUUUGUAUUCAUCUCCUUCACAGCCUGGUUAGAAGGAUUAUCCAUGACCGAGAUCAAAUUGCGAUUGGAUGAUCUUUAUUGGCACAUCCUCACUGCGAACUGGAAGAUUUGGCCCCUCAUACAAAUCAUCAAUUUCAACUUUAUGCCCUUACAGUAUCGAGUACCAUGGCAAUCAUCUUGUGGAAUCGUGUGGACGGUCUUCCUUAGUCUGAGUACCCACUCCCACUCUGCAACCACAACAAUAACGCCGUCUGAGGCUGUGGCGACAGCUGCUGCACCAAGCCUUGUCUCGUCUGCCGUCUCUAACCUGUUCAACAAGAAACCAAACCAGGAGGAAGCUCCGUUAUUGAUGGAGGAUUCACUGGCUCGGAUCGGCUUGGGCAAGCUCCAAAGAAUCAAACAGGCUGUCGUCAUGGGUUCCGGAGAUGGGUCAUCGAAAGAGGCUCGUCUUCGGCGUGCUCUGCACCUUGCUUCUGAUCAACAAGGCAUCCGGUGAUCACCGUUACUCUUUCUCAUCUAUGCAUCCACGCUUCUCUUGUGAUGUUAUAAGUUCACACUUGGGAUUGUCUUUUACUCAUGUCUCUAGAUAAAGAUACCAAGUGUGUACGGUACAGCUCUAGCUUUCAUUUAAGACGCGGAAAAUGUAGGCCUUGAGAUUAGAUUUUUCCUACUUUCUUGUUCUUGGGUCCUCGAUUAGUCAGUAUAGUGUGUAUAUGGAAUGACGUUGAGUUCUCUCCUUUUGAAUCAAAUUGUGUUGUUUAUAUUCUUUGGAAUUUUUGUCUUCGCAUGUAUGAUUUUUAUCAUUUACGAGAUUAGUUUUCAAAAUCACAUGCAUUGCUUUGCUCGUCUCUCUUCACAUCAUCAGUUUUGUUUCCUUUCUCCUCUGUCUUGCUGACCUUUACCCUUUUGCUAUCGCUUUUCUUCAUACCCUGCAUAUUAAGCCUUCUUCAUUUCUAACUCAUUGGUACAAUUCUAUCCUCUGUCAAUGAGGGC